UUUCCAAGCUGGUUAGAUACUGAUCAGGGGACAUGAGUCAGUUUCGGGGUGAGCUCACUCAGAGGGAGCAGCAGUUGCUGAAGAUACGCCGCGACAGUGACACCAAAGCUGCCGAGCUUGCAAAGAUGGAGAAGAUGCUUCAGCAGACCAAGGACAUGAUGGACAAGAAGACAGACACUGGAUCUGGGAGUUUGGACCUCCAGGACAACAUGGUGGAGGAUCUGGAGGAGAAGGUGCGCUCCAGCCGGAGAUACAGAAGAAGCUCCCUCCACCACACACAGAUGCUGGAGAGUCAGAUGAAAACAGUGAGAGGGGAACUGGUAGGAACGCUGGACCACCUGCAGGAGCUGAGGAACGUUCUCCGCCGCUCUCAGCAGAAGGCAGAGGAGCGCAAAGCUGCCAUGGAGAAGUUGGCAGCGGGUCUUCGGUGAACCUUCUAGAUCUCGUACCCUUCGGCGUACCACCUCAAGAAUAUGUGGGGUAUCAUGAGGUGAAAGUGAAAACAAAGUACAGUUUGGAACAUUGAUUUUAUUUCAACAAGCAUCAGUAGUAGUAGUAGUUAAUUGCUUGUAAAAAAAUGAUUUAUAAUAAAAAGUGUUGAACCUACAGGUACUUUUAAAUAGUGACUCAGCAAUUUUCAGUGAGAGUGAAAAAACUGUCUUCUAAAAUACAAAACAUUUGAGUCAAGUUGAUGAAUACAAAUGCCCUUAUUGACAUGGCACCUCUAUAUCCUAAUUCAUGUUGGAGGCAUCUUUGCAUGCGAAAGAGGGCGUUUUGGUCGCCAAAGGCAAACAAACACAUUUUUUGUGUUGCUACUGUGCUUGCGUGUAGCCCGCUGCUUUCCAAACAUUUAUUUGCACAAAUUAGUUUAGCUCAGAAAAGCUUUUUUUUUUUUUAAGAAAAGACAAAUUCACACUGUUUAACACAAUAAACAUUUCUGAUCUUCCUAUGCAUUUGAAUGAUUUUAACUCAAAUGUGUACAAAUUUUACAAAUCCAAUUGUUUAGAUCCUGUGAUAGUACUUAAAUGUCUCCGUCACCACAUUUUAUUCUUGAGAUGAAUGUCCUCCUUUAUGCUUUUCAUUUGUGUACUUCAAAAUUGUUGAAUAAUAUUUGCUAAAUUACAAUUGUACAAACCUGUAAAAAAGAUGAACAUUGUACAAAUAAAUAUAUA